GAGUGGGCCUACCGCAUGAGGACCUCUGUUGUGCUCUUGGAAAAGUCUUCCAAGGAUUUUAUGAAACUUUUGGGGCAAUUUGAAACAGCACAAGCUGGUUCUUUCCCAUUUGUCAGCUGUGCUUCACACCCCACAUUUCUCUUUGCCUUCACUUGCGAGGCCGACCAGUGCACAGGACUUCAGGGCUUCCUGGUCUUCCACAGCUUUGGGGGCGGCACCGGCUCUGGCUUCACCUCGCUCUUGAUGGAGCGGCUCUCUGUUGACUACGGCAAGAAAUCCAAGCUGGAGUUCUCCAUCUACCCAGCCCCCCAGGUGUCCACAGCCGUGGUCGAGCCCUACAACUCCAUCCUGACCACCCACACCACCCUGGAGCACUCAGACUGUGCUUUCAUGGUGGACAACGAAGCCAUCUAUGACAUCUGCCGUCGCAACCUGGACAUCGAGCGCCCCACCUACACCAACCUCAACCGCCUCAUCAGCCAGAUCGUCUCUUCCAUCACAGCCUCCCUGCGCUUCGACGGGGCCCUCAACAUGGACCUGACGGAGUUCCAGACCAACCUGGUGCCCUACCCUCGCAUCCACUUCCCCCUGGCCACCUACGCGCCCGUCAUCUCUGCAGAGAAGGCCUACCACGAGCAGCUGUCGGUGGCCGAGAUCACCAAUUCCUGCUUCGAGCCUGCCAACCAGAUGGUGAAGUGCGAUCCCCGCCAUGGCAAGUACAUGGCCUGCUGCCUGCUGUACCGUGGAGACGUGGUGCCCAAGGAUGUCAACGCCGCCAUUGCUGCCAUCAAGACCAAGCGCAGCAUUCAAUUUGUGGACUGGUGUCCCACGGGCUUCAAGGUUGGGAUCAACUACCAGCCGCCCACUGUGGUGCCCGGGGGUGACCUGGCCAAGGUGCAGCGUGCUGUGUGUAUGCUGAGCAACACAACCGCCAUUGCCGAGGCCUGGGCCCGCCUGGACCACAAGUUCGACCUGAUGUAUGCCAAGAGGGCGUUUGUGCAUUGGUAUGUGGGCGAGGGCAUGGAGGAGGGUGAGUUCUCCGAGGCCCGGGAGGAUAUGGCUGCCCUGGAGAAGGAUUACGAGGAGUUAGGUGUGGAUAGUGUGGGGGGGAGGGGGGAGAAGGAGGGGGUUUAAUACUAGGGGGAUGCUUUUGUGUCU